CAUUUUGUCAUCCAAACCAUAAGGAAUAAAAGGUAGAAAAAAAAAAAAAUAGAAAUAAAGAACAGAGUUGUAAUAUGGAGGGAAAUAUCAAGAAUGUGAUCAAAUAUUGGAUAGAAGGAGAAAUUGAAACUUUUAUUAAGGUAUGGUUAUUAAUUUAUGCAUCACUAUGCUAUUGCUAUUUAGCAUCCAAAAUUCUUCCAAAGGGUUCAUUUAGUCUCUUAUCUUUUCUCCCUGUGAUAUGUUUUUUCCUCUAUGUCCCUCUCAAAAUUAAUUCUGUUCAUCUUUGUGGUAACACUGGUUUUUUUAUUUCUUGGCUUUGUAAUUUUAAGCUUUUUUUACUUGCUUUUGACCAAGGUCCACUUUCUGAUUCUUCACUUUCUAUUACUAAAUUUCUAAUCCUUGCUUGCCUACCCAUCAAGAUUCAGCAAAAAUGUCCAGAAAAAAUUGAAAUUUAUGUGCAAAAUGGGGUUAACAGAGGUAAAUUUCAUCAAAAUGGUUAUUUUCAAGAAACUCCAUGUCCAAAUUCAGCUGAAAAAGUUUCUAGUGUACAAAGUGGAAAUUGUUUUUCAAAAAAUGACCAUUUUCAUGAAACUUCAUUUCCAAACUCAGUUGAUAAAACUGAAAACAACCUUUUUCAAGAUGGACAUUUUCAUGAAAUCCCAUCUCCAAUUUUAGCUGAAAAAGGUUCUAGUGUGCAAAGUGGAAAGGGUUUUGCAAAAAAUGGCCAUUUUCAAGAAAUCCCAUUUCCAAGUUCAAUUGAUAAAACUGAAAACAACCCUUUUCAAGAUGGACAUUUUCAUGAAAUCCUGUCUCGAAAAUCAUCUGAAAAAGGCUCUAGCGUGCAAAUGGGAAGGGACUUUGCACAAAAUGACCACUUUCAAGAAAGCCUAUAUCUAUCUUAUGCAAAGUCCAACAAAGGCCAGAAACUAAAUUAUGGCAUAAAGACACUUCCUUUUGCUUUAAUUAUUAGAGUUUAUGACUAUAGUGAAUAUAUACAUCCCCAUAUCAUAUUGGUCAUCUAUUGCUUCCACAUAUACCUUUCCUUAGAAAUCAUUCUAGCUAUUAUUUCGGGCUUGGCCCGUGGGCUUUUCAGGCUUCAGCUCGAACCACAGUUCAAUGAACCAUAUUUAUCUACCUCAUUACAAGAUUUCUGGGGCCGGCGUUGGAAUCUCAUCGUCUCUCAAAUCCUUCGGCCCACUGUAUACAAGCCAACUCUAAGCCUCUCCACGAACAUUUUGGGCGGGAAGUGGACCCCACUUCCUGCCCUGAUGGCUACAUUCGUAGUAUCGGGCCUAAUGCACGAGCUGAUAUUUUACUAUUUGGGUCGGGUCAAGCCCACUUGGGAAAUCACCUGGUUCUUUUUGCUACAUGGGGUGUGUUUAAACAUUGAGAUAUGUGUUAAGAAGGUGAUUAAUGGCAGGUUUAAGCUGCCACGGAUAAUCGGGACGAUCUUGACCGUUGGAUUUGUUAUGAUCACGGGUUUCUGGUUGUUUUUUCCACAGUUGUUAAGGUGUAAUUCUGAUGUUAGUGCAUUUGGAGAGUAUGAAGCUAUUGGUGCAUUCUUUAAGGAUAUCACCAAGGCUGUGAAAUCAACAUUUUUGAGAUAAUCCAUCUAAGUAGGGGUGUCAAAUGGAUUAAAUUUGGAUGGGUCAAAAUGGACGGGUCAUUAACCCACCCAAACUUGGAUGAUUAGUCGGGACAUGUUUUAUGGGCUAACUUUGCCACCCCUACCUUUGAAACAAAUUCACUUUUAUUUGAUUAGGCAU